AUGAAAAUAGUCGCCAAUGAAUACGUCGCCUCGCAAAACGAGUGGAAGGACGUCCUUCUGCUCUCUGAAAGGGUUGGCGCUGCCGAACAAGCCAAGGACAGCUUCCUGUUCAGUCCUUGGGACCUUGAUAUGGUGGAUUCCAUUGGCAAAGGCAUUACCACGGGCCACCAGCAACGAGCGGCCAUCCACAAGAAAUCCGAAGCUCACAUUAUGGGGAACACUAGGUGA